AUGGCCGCGCUGGAUGAUGACGGCGGUCGGUCGGAGGCCGCGACGGUUGUCCCUCCCCCUGGGCCCCCGGCGCCGCCUGCGCCGGUGGCCAGCACCACGCCGGACCUGUCGGCCCUGAUUGCGCCCUUCCUGCCGAAGCAUGUGCGCGAACAGGACUUCCCGCUGGAUGGGGCCGGGCUCUUUGGGAGCGUGCGCGAUGCGGCGGUGUCCGAGGCGGCGGCCGCGGCGGCAGGCCGGGGGGCGCGCUCGGCCGGCGGGCCCUCGGCCGCGGCCCUGCCCUCCGGGCCGCCGGCGCUCUUCCCCCGCAUCGACCUGGUCCCCUACGUGGCGGUGGGCAUCCUGGACAUCAGCGGCUACAGCGCCCUGACGUCCAUGCUGGCCAAUGCCUUCCCCUCGAAGGCCGGGGCCGGGGCCGGCCUCGGGGCCGAGCUCCUGACCCGGCUGCUGAACCCCUACAUGGCGCGCAUGAUUGACACGGUGCUGCUGUACGGGGGGGAUGUCAUCAAGUUCGCCGGCGACGCCAUCAUCGUCGUGUGGCGUCCGCUGCCGGGGGACCGGGCCCGGGUGGCCCGGGUCCUGGGCUCGCUCUCCGAGGCCGGCGCCCCCCCGGGCGAAGCCGACAUCGACGCCGGGCUCCGGGCCCUGGUCACCCUGCGCGCUUGCCAGGCAUCCAUCUCCCUGCUGGAGGAGCUGGGCGACUACAAGAUCGACCUGCCGCCGGGCGUGGUGGCCGCGUCGCAGCCAUCCUCCUCCGGCAGCCUGGCGGCCGGGCUGCCGGGGCCGGCCGGCGGCCCGGGACCAGGCCACCCUGCCGGGCCCGGCCCCUCGGCCCCCGGCGGCGGCAGUGGCAUCGGCGGCGGCAUCGGCGGCGGCGGCGGCGGCGGCGGCGGCGGCCCCUCCUCCCGCACGGGGUCCUCCAUUUCCCUGCCACCCACUCCGGGCGCGGGCGGGGCCCCGGCCCCGGCGCCGGCGCCGGGCCACCUGUUCCAGCGGUCGGCCUCCGGGGCCGGCGUGCCGCGGCCCCUGGCCAGCCGGGCCAGCUCGGCCAGCUCGGACCUGGUGGAGCUGGCCGCAGCCGGCCCGGCCGGCCGGCUGGGUCCGGUGCUGUCCGUCAACACGGGCCUCGGCCCGGGCCUGGGCGGGCCUCUGUCCCCGGGGUCGGGGCUGCUGGCGACGCCGGGCACCGGCCAUCCGCCGAUGACCCCCGGCCCGGGGGGCCUGCUCCAGCCGCGGCCCUCGCUGGCCGGGGCUCCCGGCGUGGGGGUCGGCUCGCUGCCGGCCAUGUCGCCCGUGUCGGGCCCCGGGGCCGGGGGCUCCGGGCCCGGGGCGGUUCUGGCCGCGCCCACUCCCCGGCCGCAGGCCACCCUGAGCAUGCACAUUGGUGUGGCCUUCGGGUCGGUCUUCGAUGUGCAUGUGGGCCAGAUCUCCCGGCUGGCCGGGCAGCGUGGGGCCGGGCCGGGCGGGUCGGCCGGGGCCGGCGUCAGCCGGCAGGCGAGCAUGGCCGGCGCGCCGGGCCCCGGGUCCAGCGGCCCCGGCUCGCGGGGGCCCUCCCCGCAGGCGGAAGCCGGGGCCGGGGGGGAGCCGGCCCCCGGGCCCGGGCCCGCGGCCGCCAGCCUGCACGGGCGCCUCGAGUACUUUGUGGCCGGGGUGCCGAUGUUCCGCGCGGGCGGGGCCCUGGAGGCGGCCGCGCGCGGGGAGUUUGCCAUUGACCAGGCCGCGGCCCGGGUGGUGGCCGACUUCGCCGGGGUCCUGGCCCGGGCGGCCGAUUCGCCGCUGGCCGCCCUCGACACCCUGGACCUGGAGCUGGAGGUGGACCGCAUGGAGGCGGGCGAGCCGACCGACGUGGGGGGCCCCUUCGCCGUGGUGUCGGGGCUCAUCGCGUCGGCCUCCGUGCGAGACAUGCUGCCGGCCCAGCCGCCGGGGGAUGCCCUGGCGCCCGCGGUCCCGAGGCCAGUCCGCCUGACCGAUGUCCACUCGCUGUUCAUCAAUGAGAGUGCCCUCUUCCGGCUGCGGCACGGUCGGGGCGGGCUGCUGAAUGAGCUCCGGACGGUGUCCGUGGUGUUCGUCAGCCUGGACCUCUCGCCGCCGGAGGUGGACGAGGCCACCGGGCGCGAGGUGGUCCCCGGCUCGACCGAGGACUUCCUGCAGACCGCCCAGCGGACCCUGUCCACCAGCAUGCGCGCCAUUCGCGAAUACGAGGGCACCCUCCGGCAGAUGAUGAUGGAUGACAAGGGGUUCACCGUGCUGGCGGUCUUCGGCCUGCCGCCGUGGUCGCACCAGCAUGACCCGGUGCUGGCUGUUCGGGCGGCGCUCAAGAUUGAGCGCCACCUGUCCCACCGCGGCAUCAAGUCCAGCAUCGGUGUGGCCACCGGAACCGUAUACACCGGCACCGUGGGCACGGACAUCCUCGGCAAGACGCCGGCCGAACCGACGGCCGACCCGGCUGACCGGUCGGCACGGGGGCACCUCUCGUCAUCGAGCGCCCUUGGCCGGCGGGCUAGCACGGCCCCCGGGGCCGCGGCGCCGCCCCCGCCCCGGUCGACACCGCCCCGGCCCGGCCUGCUGGCCAGCAGCGCCGGCGGCCGCUGCGACCACACCAUUCUCGGCGACUGUGUCAACAUGGCCGCGCGGCUCAUGUGCCAUCCGCUGAUGGGGGAGAAUUCCCUCCUCGAGGAGGGCCCGGCCCCGGGGAACUUUGUCCUCCCGCGGGUGCUCUGUGACCGGACCACCUUCGCCGCGUGUCAGUCCUACGCGUCGGACUCCACGGCCCUGGCGGCGGCCGGGCCGGCCGGGGCCGGGGCCGGCCUCUCGGCCGCCAUGCUGGCCGACCAGUGUGGCUUUGCCUUCGGCCCGGCGCGCGACAUCCGCGUCAAGGGCAAAGACGUGCCGAUCCAGGUGUUCCGCAUCCUGCCCCCCUCGGCCGUGGACCACCCGUACUAUCGCGAGGCGCUGGACUCGGCAGCCGCCGCCAACGCCGCCGCCGCCGCCGCCGCCGCCGCCGCCACCAUCACCCCCGAAGCAGGCGCCACGGCGGCGGCGGCGGCACCUGCCGGCGCCGCCACAUCGACGGCACCCUUCACACCGUCCACAUCCUCCCUCGUGGGUGUCUGCUCGACUGACGCCCUGGCCGGCAUGGGGGCCGACGACUCGCCGCGUGGCGGCCCCCCCGGCGAGCCGCCCUCCUCGCUGCCGGUGCUCGGGGUGGCGGAAUUCCCGCCUGGCGAUGAUGCCCAGGGGUCGGCCUCCAGCCUGGCCAGUGCCAGCUCGAUGUCCCUGGGCCCCGGGGCCUUUGGCCUGGCGGCCGGGCCCAAUGGUGAGUCCCCCCUCGGGCGGAAGUACAGCACCGCCACCGGCGUGCGCCAUGGGUCCAUCGCGCCAGACCAGCGGCUGCUGGUGCACUUCCCCAGCAGUGCCAGCCUGGCAUCGGUCAUCCAGGGCCAGGGGGCUCUGGCCGGCGAGGGCGGCCCCGGGGCGGGCCUCGGCUCCCCGGGCCCCGGGUCCGGGAUGAUGCUUCUCGGCCCCGGGCCCGGCGGCGGCGGCGGCGGCGGCGGCGGCAGCAGCAGCAACAACAGCAACAGCAGCAACAGCAGCCUCUCGGGGCCCGGACGUGGAGGUGGCUCAUCCUCGACGCUGGCCGCCGGGCCCGUGAACCGGGCGACAUCCAUCCGCGGCCGGCCGCCGGGGCUGGUCAGCACGAAGGUCAGCAGUUCGGCGUCGCUGCUGCCGGCGGCGCCCGGGGCCGGGACCGGCCCCGGCAUCUCCGGGGCCCCGGUGGAUCCGUCGGUUCUUCGGGCCAUUUCCUCGUCGGCGCUGCUGAAGAACCCCCCGCCGGGGCCCGACGUGGCGCCGGCCACCGUGACCGACAUGCUGGCGGCGACCGACUCGCAGCCGAACCACUUCGUGGUCGGCCGCUACUAUGAGGAUUGUCUCUCGCGCCAGCUGAUCAACUCGGCCGUCCGGUCGGUCCCCUUCCUGCGGCCGGACCUGAAGGUCCCGGCCCCGGGGCCGGCCAUGGUUUCCUGCCGCGCGCUCAUCGUCGAAGGCGAGACCGGCUCCGGGAAGACCACCCUCGCGCGCCUCUUUUCCUGGAAUGCCCAAGCCGCCGGGUGUUUGGUCUUGCAUGUCCGCCCGUCGGAGGCCUCGCCCAAGUCUCCGCUCUUCUCGGCACGGGCACUUCUCCGGUCGCUGGUGGCGCACGUCCUGGAGAAGACCGCCAACUACUACGAGAUUGAGGCCCCGCCGGGGGACAUGGCCGAGCCGCCGGCCUCGCCGGGGAUCGUGUCGUCCUUUGGCCUGGGGCUGGGCCAGCGCCUGCUGCUGCCCGCGUCGCCGGGGCCGCUCUCGCCGCCGGUGGGGGCACCGCCGGGGCCGCACUCGCGGUCGGCGUCCGCGGUGUCCGGCCGGAGCAUCGGCCCCGAUGCCGAGGGGGCGGUGGCAUCUGCCAGCACCGAUGGCGAUGGCCCCCGGGGCGUGGGCAUGCCCGCCUCCGCGCCGGGGCUGCUGGCCCAGCGCAGCCAGACGGCCCUGGUGCUGACGGCCCUGCCGCCGGCGCGGCAGCUGGGGCCGCCGGCGGGUCCGGCCCCCGGGGCGCCGGGCCCGGCUGCCCCGGCCCCGGCCCCGGCCCCGGCCCCGGGGGGACCAUACUCGCGGCCGCCCAUCACCCGUGGCCACACGGUGUCCUCGCUCUUCGGGUCCACCGACACCGGGAUCCUGGAGGCGAUUCUCCUGCCGCAGAUGGGCGGCCGGGCCCCGGCCGCCGCGGCCCCGGCAUUGGCGGCCGUCGGGCCCUCGCCCUCGGAGGGGUCACUCCUGCGGCCGGCCCCGCCGAGCCCGUUCGCCAGCCGGCCGGCCAGCGAGAUGAGCCUGGACGUGAGCCAUGGCGGCGCGUCGCCCGGGCCCCGGUCCGGACAUCCGCUGCCCUUCCGCCGGGGGAUCACCAUUUCGGCGCUGAUCCCGGCGGCCGAGGACCAGGGCCCGGUGGGUGGCCCGCCGGUGGCCGGUCCGGCGGCGGCGGCGGCGGCGGCGGCCAUCAUGCGCCGGCAGGCGUCCACCGUGUCGACCUUCGGCCUGGCCGGGGCCGGGGCCGGGGCCGGGGCCAGCCCGGGGGGGCCUCUUCGCCCGGCCGGCCCGGCGCCCCGGAUGGGUGCUCACACCCGGACCGGGUCGUUUGCGGCCUUCGCGGCGGUGGCCGCCCCGGGCGCCGGCACCGGCCACUCGCCCUCUUCCUCCUCGGCGGGUGCCCGUGGGCAUGGGGUGCUGAUUGGGUCGGCCUCCGGGCCGGUGGGCAUCCACCCGUCGGCCAGUGCCACGGUGGGCUUCGCCCCGGCCGGGGCCCUGCCAACCGCGCCCGGCUCGCGGCGGGCCUCGGAUGCCGAGGGCCCGGGGCACGGCCCGGUCGGCGCCCCGGCCGGGGCCCUGCCCACCCCGCCCGGGUCGCGGCGGGCCUCGGAUGCCGAGGGCCCGGCCCGCGUGCCGUCGUCCAAUCCCGGCUCGCGGCGGGCCUCGGAUGCCGAGGGGCCGCAAGGGCCCGGCCGAGUGGCGGUCGCCUCGCCGCUGGCCCUCUCGCCGUUGGUCAGCAUCUCGGAGCUGACGGCCGACGAGCUGCAGGAGCUGGCCGCCAGCCAGACGGGCAUGUUCUCCGGGGUGCCGCUGCGCGGGCCGGCCCUGGCCCGGCGCCUGUCGAUCGACUCCUUCGCCACCUUCGACACCCUGGACACCAUGUUCAAUGAGAGCUCCCUGCGCGAGGCCGAAAGGCUGCGCCUGUGCGUGUAUCGCCUCUUCGGGGCGGAGUCCCUGCUCUCGGCGGAGCCGGUGCUGCCGGUGCACGGGUCCUCCGCCAGCCACCGGUCGCACCGGUCGACCCGGUCGUUGGGCAUCCGGCAGGCGGCCCCCUCGGGCCAGGCCACCGGCAUGGUGGGGCUCCUGUCGGCGACCGAGCAGCGCCGGCUGAUCACCGAGCUGGAGAACCUCAGCCAUCACCUGGGGCUGAUUCUCUUCCCCUCGCGCUCGGCCAAAACCCCGAUCGGCGCCUCGUCGGCCUCGCUGGCGCGCAUCCUGGCCCGGCUGUCGCUCUUCGAGCCGGUGGCGAUCAUCGUCGACGAUGCCCAGUGGCUUGAUGACCACACUUCCCGAGCGCUGGCCCUGCUGGCCAAUAUGACGGCGCCGGUGGACCCGUCCGGCCCCGGGGCACCGGGGCCCGGCGAGUCGCUGAAUGCCGACUCCCUGCACCGGACCGGCGGUGUGUUGAUCUUUUCCUUUGUUCCCUGCCUCAACAACCACACCGGCACGGCCGACUCGUCGGACGUGUCGGGCAUCCCGUGCGCCGCGCACCUGAUGCAGCCGGCCGGUCCGGCGGAUGCCCCGGCGACCGAGCAGCGGGACUUCCGCCUGCAGGACGACAUGGCCGGGGUCCCCUCGCUGCGGGUGUCCAUUCCAUCGCUGCAGCGCCAGGAGUGUGACAUGCUCAUCGUACGCUGCUAUGGCCGCGGCGUCCGGACCAUCCAGGACCGCUUGAGUUUGGAAAUCUUCGCGCGUACCCGCGGGCACCCCUCCUUCACCGAGGCCAUCGGGUAUGCGCUGCGCGACUCCGACGUCGUGGAUGUCGUGGGGUCGGUGCUGCGCUUCCGCCAUGCGGCCGCCGGGGCCUCGCUCCUGGCCGACACCCUGCCGUUGGAUGUGGAGACCUCGCUCCUGGUGCAGUAUGACUCGCUGAACCACAUGUUCCAAACGAUCCUCCGCGUGGCCAGCAUCUUUGCCCACCAGGAGCCCUUCUCGAGCUACGACCUGGCGGCGGUCAUGGCCCGGCUGGCCCUGCGGCCCAAGACCCCGAACCCCUACCUGUCGCUGCUUUGCUCGGAUGUGGAGGAGCUGGAUGCCGGGCUGCCGCGUGGCUUCCCGGCCCUGCGAGCGCUGGCCGCCGAUGAGGUGGCGCGCGCGGCGGACCUCGACUCGGCCUGCCUGGAUUUGGUGGCCCUGCGCCUGGUGUCGCUGGCCGUGUGCUACAAUGGGCUGGGGUUCCUGACGAUCCUUGGGCUGCCGAGCGCGGUGGCCCCGGCGGCCGGGCCUGCCAGCCCGGCCGAUGUGCCUGAGGCUGGGCCCUGUCCGCCGGCGGCGGAGGACCGCGUCGCGCGCGUGGACUCCUUCUCCCGGUGCAAGCUAUCCUUCCGGACGAGCUCCCACGCCGCUUGCGUGUAUGGGGUCAUGCUGUUCGAACUGCGAGCGGAGAUCCACCUGGCCGCUGCGGAGUACUACGAGCGGCGUUUGACGGAGAACAGCCGAUUCGCGCAUGCGCCCAUCGUGGCCUUCCACUAUAUGCGCACGGACUUGGCUCCGAAGAAGAUCGAGUAUCUGGAAAUUGUGUCCUUCUUCCUGGCCGACAUUCACUGCAUGUCGGAGGCGGCGCUGGGCCUGGCGCAGCUGUGCGAGAUCGCCACCAUUCCCCCGGCGGCCGACACCGACGCCAAGGUGCCCACCUUCCUUGUGAGCCCGGCGCGCAUUCACUCCUGGAUGGCCAAGCGCGUGUCGGCACUCGAGGGUGCCGGCGACCUGUAUCGUGCCCUGGCCGAGGCCGGCUUACUGCUCCACUAUCUGGGGUAUGCACCGCCACAGGUGUCCUCCUCGGCGGAGCUGGCCAGCCGGGUGUUCUUCCAGGAGCGCGUGCUGCUGCUGAGCCUUGCCCGGCUGCUUGAUCGGUCCCCCGAGGCCUUUGCUUCGGUGACCGGACCGGCGGCCCCCCGGCGGCGCGGGCUGGCUCGGCUGCUGGACUUCCUGCGACGGCCCUUCGGCCCCGGGCGCCGGGGCACGGCCAGCGGGCCCGGGCGCCCCGGCAGGCCCGGCACCCCGGGGCCCAGCGCCCCCGGCUCGGCAUCCUCCUCGACUCCCCCCUCGGCAUCGAGCUCCUUCUUCUCGAGCGAUCUGUUUGCCGACACCGGGACCGACUCGCUCGGGUCCCUCGGGUCGCUGGAGGCCCUCGGCGGCGGCGGCGGUGGCGGCGGCAGCGGAUCCGAUCUGUCGCCGCUGCUGCUGUCGGACCGCGACGCGCGCAGCCUCGCGGCGCAAGUGCUGCUGCAUUCCUCGCAUCUGCUCUACCAGCUGGGACUCUUCGUGGACGCGGCGGAUGCCUUGCUCCGGUCGGCCUUCCUGUGCCUGGGGCUGCCGCUGGUGGAGGCGGCCGACCUGCGCUCCAUGACGGCCGACGCCUUUGCCCAGCGGCACCGGGCGCGCGAAUGCGGCCUGGAUGCCUGGCCGGUGGUUUUGUCCGGCCUGGCGGUCGCCUGGCAAUCUGCCAGUCGGGAAGAGAUUGCCUGCGCGGCAUCCGACCGGGCCGAGAUGCUGCUGCUCCGGUCACCCCCGGCCUCGGAGGCCGAGCUGGCCGCGCACCUGGCCCUGCGGGAGCUGCUGCGCUUCGACCUGGACCGGGCCUUUGGCUACCUGCGGGCGUCGCAAUUCUGCGCCAUUGACACGGCGCAGCGCGGUGUGGCGGCUCGGUCGCGCUUCCAUGCCAUGCUCCUGACGCUGGUGGCCGGGCACCAUCACUCCCGGCAGAAGAUCGGCCUGCACCAUGGGAACUCCUUUGCCACGGUGGGCGGCAUGGAGGCGCCGGCCGGGGCCGGGGAUGAAACCCCGGUCCCGGGCAUGGCCGCCCCAUCCAUGGGCCUGGUGGUGGAACUGGCCCUGGAGGAGUGCCUGGCAUCGGAUGACAUCCGGAGCGCCAUCGACUUGUGUGCCUUUUCCAUGGUUUCGGCCCUGCUCCUUCGCCGGUCGGCCGAGACCGACGCCUGGUUUGUGCGCUUCGCCGAGCUCCUGCGCAGCACCAACCCCCAGCACGACACGGCCGACGGCAUGGUGGCCCUGCAGCAGUCGGACUUCUCCGUGCAGCCGGACACCCUGGGCCUCAGCGUGCCGCUGUAUGUGGUCCACCUGCUGGACAUGGAUUCCGACCACUCGAUGCUGAGUCGGUCCUUCCGUGCGGUGAGCUGCGCGCUGGUGUUCAUUUCGAAAAAAACCUACGAGAUCGCCAUCUACUGCAUGCACCGGGCCCUCUUCUACCUGUCGGACUACUUCCUGACGCGCACCGAGCUGGCCGGGCCGUUUGCCGUGGUGCCGGACAUCACGCUCCUGGUGACGAUGUGGCUUGCCUCUUUGGCCACGGCCCAGCUGGCGGUCGGGCACUCCUGCCAGAGGAUCGUCAAGGCCUCCCUCCGGGGGCACCUGGUCACCAUGGCCGGGGCCCUGAACACGCUGAACCUCUGUCUGGGCGAGUCGGGCGGGACCCUGGCGCUGGCUUCGCUCGCGGCCACACGGGCCGCACACCUUCUCCUGGCCGGGCGUCGUACCAAGGCCCGGAAGGCCCUGCUCGCGGUACUCCGGUCCCAGUUCGGACUCCGGAAGAGGUCCGGGUGGGGGGCCGGCCGGGCUCAGGCAGCCGCGGCCGACCCGGCCUUCGACCAUGUGGACCAAGGGCCACCAUCGCCGGAGCAGGUGCGUCCCGGCACGCCGACCUCCGAGGUUGAACGGCGUCUGGUCCAGCUGCUGGCCACGCUUGGUCCUUGACACCCCCAGCGAAGCGGGGGGGGGGGGGGGGGGG